AUGUCAUUUAACGUUGCAGGUUCCUCCGCUAGUGUUCCUGUUAUUCCUUCAUCUGAUCUUCCGACGGUCGAGGAAGUGAGAGGAUUUAAUGCCGAAGAACUUAAUGGUUUUUUGAAAAGGAGGUUAAACGGCAUCGAUAAUCACAUAGAUACCUUAACUGUUCAAGAAGUUGAUGGUUCAACAAUCCUUGAUUUAACACUAGAGGAUUUGAAUAUUCAAAUACCUCUUGGACCCGCAAAAAAAAUUGUUAAGUUGAUCAAAGAAAUUCAAGGAGAGCAACCCGUUGCCUCUGAACAAUAUAUCAAGGAAAAUAGGGAUUUGAAAUAUCAUAUAUUCUAUCUUGAGUUAGCCAAUACAAGAAAUUCUGCCUCUGUGUACAGACAUGUGAGAGAACGUGGAGACGUCCAACUUUGGAAAAUUGAGGAGGAUAUCACACCACUAGAAGAGGCUGUAAACGAUGUAUUUAAUCAAUAUCGUAAUGCUCCUGCUCAAGGAUUAAGUGAAAUUAAUGUAAACCAACCAUUUUGUAAGAAUGUUGUGAGUGAAAUCGUAAAUCAGGUAGAAAGAAAUGACUUACUUGUAGUUGGAGAUAAUGGCGGCCGGAUAGAAGAUGAAGUUUUUCCUGAUAUCAUAAUUGAUCCUGUCGGUUUCUACGCAAAAUUGACAAAAAACCCACCUGAUUUAUCAAAGGGUUUGGGUUGGGAAGUCAAGAAUAAUUUAAAUGAUAAGUCAAAAGCAAGCGAAGGGAAAGGCCAACUAAUAAAAUACGCCAGGGCAUACCUUUCAGCGGAUCCACCUUUAACAAGCAUUUUCUAUGGAUGUUUGACGGAUGGGAAGCUUUGGCAAUUCGUGAAAAUCCAACUUAUGUUAGAUGAUGUUAAUGACCUAAAAGUGAAGUUUGAGGAAAGUCUCAACUAUGAAUGGAGUAAACGCACAGCCUCACUUAUUGCUGGCCUAAUUAAUCGUUACCAUAAUGACCUGUCGAUGAGAGCUUCUGGCGAAAAAAAAGAAUCUCCAAAUAACGAUGAAACGUUUAAGUCAUCAAUUUCUUCUAAAAAUCUCUUGGCUUCUUUCAUUGAAGAAGGUAUCGAUAUCAGAUUAAGCUCUGGAAAUUGUAUCCAUGUGCAGAUCACGUCUCACCUUGGAACUGGAAGAGAGUGUACAGUUUUUUUGGCACAAGUACGUGAUUAUGGAAUAAAGGAUGCCGUUUUGAAG